CAUGGCUUCGGGUCUUUAUUUUUAAAACUCGCGUCUGUGCUUUAAAAAGCGAAGAGCGUGGAUUUGUUAUGUUUGGUUUUGAGUUUGUUACCAAUCUGCAAAAUAGUCCAACGAUGGCUUAAAUGUCUAAAAAUGAAGCUUAUCUUCGGAAUUUUUAAUAGAAACUCUGUUAGAUCGUAAAUCGUAAAGUGAUUCGACAAGAAAGGCUUUUAGUUAGUCUUCAUCAAUCGCUGAUUUUUCUGAAAGAAUGGCCAUGAAUCAAGAGGCUUUCAAAGUGCCGAACCGGUCUAAAAAAGGACAAGGAGGUGUUCGACAAGCGUCAGCUACCUCUCGGAAACUGCAGCUUCCCUCCUUACCUGCAGAUCGUCCCAUAACCAGAGGCUCCAUGAAAGCCUGGCAAGAGGGAACCUCCAAACCUUGGAGUGACCUGCCAGGGCUGAAACUUAAGUUUACAGAGAGCACCUCUGAUUAUGGAACAGCAUCGGAAAAGUCCGGCCAAUCACUUGUGAGCAGUGUGUCUGCGUCAACUUCGCCUCAUGAAUCGUGUAAUUGCGAAAAUAUGAGUGGAAUUGGAGUCGUCUCAAGUGAUGACGAUGAUGGAAUUUGUGUUGAUGAUCUGAAGAACUCUUUGGAAAUGUGCCAGUGGGACAGUGAGGAGGACAACAAUAGCAAGGGUGAUUGGGAGUCUGCAGAUGAAGUACCGUCUACUGCUAGAGUUCUUAAAGAUCCUCAGAGCAGAGUCACUGCCAUAAUUCCUGCAUCCAGUGCCAGAAAACUUCAAAAUGCUCAACUGGUGAUUCUCAGUGAUCCAAAGUAUAUUCCAAAACUGAGCAAAAUGGAACGGUUGUGCUCUCCGAUCAUCUCACUAGGGCCUCAUGGAAUGCAUUUUGAAGAGAGGUAUCAGGUUUACCUCUCAAUACCAGUGUGUGUUCACGACGAAAAUCUCAUUGUGUGCCUUCGUAGCAACACUGCAGAAAAUGAGGAGCCGAAAUGGGAAAGAUUACCUAAAACAUGUUACCGAUACAAAGACGGCUUCAUUAUCAUGAUCGUAAAUCACUUUAGCCUCUUUACUGUGAUAUUAGAAGAACCCCAUCCUGAAAGGCAGAAGAGAAUUAGGAAACGAAACGGUGGUUCUUUGUUCAUCGAGGACAUUCCUGGAGUUGAAGUGACCUUUCCCAGGGGCUGUCUUGAAGAUGACAUUGAUGCUUAUCUCAGGGUUAUUUUUGACACGGAUACUGCCCUCUUACCUGAUAAUCUCAAGCGACGGUAUUCGUUGGCAUCGCCAAUCAUCAUGAUUGGACCUCACGGCCUCGAGUUCCCUCCGGACCGACCUUUGGUCACUAUCAAUCUACCUGUACCUGACCUGCAAGAAAUUUGCAACUAUUUUAAGAUCAAAGACCCUUUGAAAUCACUUGCUGUCUGGCAAAGCCCAACUAGUGAGAUGGAGCCAGUAAAUUGGAGUCGACUGCGUACUGACAUUGUUUUAAACUUAAAACACCCAUCUGGAAUGCCAGUGGUGACUUUUAAAGUCCAGCACUUCAGCUUCUUCACUGUAUUUUGGGACAUUGUGUCCAGUAGUCUGACAGAGGCAAAAAUUGGGAUGGCUCAUUUCGCUAACUUUGUUACUUUUUCCAUGAUGUGUGAAGCUUUUAUGCAAGAAACUCCCAACACCAAUAGAUUUGGCUUGGAAGUAAUUUGCUACCGCAGUGACCGCAAGUUGCCUGACACAUCUAAUCUUCAGCAUAGGGUUGGUGCUUGCAAUAAACCCAAGCUGAUGCGGCCUGGAAAAAUCUUAGUUAGAUUGAGGUCCCAAAUGUUUGAAGCUGACACAGAAGCAGGAGAAGAGGCGGAAAUGUGCAAAGAAGAGCCUGAUUUUCGGGGAAGAGAUUUUGAAAAGCAGUACGCUUGCAGGUUCAAAAGUGACUCCAAAAUUGACAUGGGUGCAUUUGGAAAGGUCCUGGUUGAAAAAUCUAAGAACACCGGCAGAAAUGACUUGAUCUUUGAGUUCAACUUGUACAAAUCUGGAAAUGAGACUGAAAUGAACACUGGAAACAAUGGAGAAAGAUGGACCAUUGUAGCCAUUAAAGAACUUGCAGCGAAUCUGGAAAUCACAGAAGAGAGCAAUUGGCAACGUUUUGCUCAGUCCAUCGGAUUUACCAAAAAUGAGAUCAGAACUAAGCUCGUGCCCUCAGGAGAUCCAUUUGUGGCGAUGACCAAUUUAUAUCAGUUAAGAGGAGGCACACCUGACGAAUUCGUUCAAGCUCUGUUUGCCGUUUCUAGAGACAUUGGCCUGAAAAAGUUCAACGAAACCCCACCAACUAGCAGUGCAGGCUCAAGUCCAUGCAAUUCAGCCAGUGGAUAUCUAAACAAGCAGUUAUCUCCAAUGUCAAAAUUUUUCAAUUUUUGGAACCGUAAAGAGAAUGACCAAGAAAAACCCAAUGUAGAGGAGUCUCCCGAAGAUGAAGAUGCAGACUCGGAGAUGAGGCCACCUCCUUCAAGACACAGGGCAUCAUCCUCACAAAAACGAUCUCAUCCUAGCUCUGGGAAAAACUCCUCCAAACGAAGCUCAAAGAAAGAACCUCCACCAAAAAGGCAACGUCAUGUGUCUCCUGCUCCUCGAAGUGAAGAAAGCUCCAGUGGUUCAAUUUCCAGUGAUGAAGAUGACGGUCACCACUCUUAUACCUCUGCUGGUCGAACAGCAACAUCCGUUAAAUCCUCAAGCAAAAACCAUAGGAUUAGUCAAAAAAUUUUGACUACUAAUAACCUGUGGAAAAUAACAGAAGUUUUAUCUGCAAGCAAGUGGAAGACAUUUGCCAGAGAUUUAGGACUGGACGAGUCAUCCGUCACCAGUAUCGAAGUAGAACAUAAAGGCCAGGGUACAAGGGAAUUAGCAUACCAAGUGCUGCUUGAGUGGAAGAAUAUAAAAGCCAAAAACGCUACUCUUGGAGUGCUGUACAAAUGCUUAGAAAGAGCAAAGAUGAAACAGGAUGCUAAGCAUAUGAUGACCUUGUUUGAAUCUGAUUGAAUUAGAUCUGCAUUUUGAACUCAUGAGGUUUGAACAUUUUAAAUAAUGACACAUUUGGAAGCUAGAGUUAAAACUUGUACAAGCAUUUUUACUAUAAUGUUUCUCGAGUGUCAAGAGCUAUUUUAUUGAAAUGUUUUGUAUGAGUUAUGCAUUUAAUAUUUUAUUUUAUAAACUCUGUAUUUUUUAACUUGUAAGACUUGUCAAAUUAUGUAUGGAUAUAACCAAAAUCCAAUAAAAAUGUAAUAAAUUUGAUGAAU